AUGAAUGCGUUUUUCUACGACUACGAUGAUUUCGAUCACACGACGACCCUGGUGGAUUGGUUCGAGACUGACCUGAGACAUUCAACAAACUCCACUGACAAAGCUUCAGUCGGCUGGGGAAACUUCCAGCAGCAGACGGUCAUUGGGAACAGACAAUCUGAUAAAACGCACUGUUUCUGCAAGAAAGAAUGCCACAGCCAUAACAAGAAAACUUCAGACCCCGUGGAGUUCAGACAGCAGUCACAAGAAACUACCGACUAUUCGGAAUAA